AUGCACGAGUGCCUGCUAAAAAGUGAUGAGAACCUCACUGUGUGUACUUUCGAAAAGUGUACGUCAUCUGUGGGUAAUUCUCAAGAAAUCAUCAAUGUUACAAUUGCUUCGAUACAUUCCAGGACCACGGUUCGACUUGGUGAGUACGACACUUCCACGGAACAAGACUGUGACAUUAUUUCAGGAGAGUGUGCUGGUCCUUUACAAGAAUUGGAGGUGGAAUCGGUGGUGCAUCACGCGCUUUACAGUACCUCACAGAGGACGAACGAUAUUGCCCUGGUUAGGCUAGCCAAUCCGGCAAACACUGAUGAAAGUGCCAAUGUGCUCCCCAUUUGUCUCCCGUUUGAAGGAACGGAUCUUCGCAAGUUUCCCGACAACGCUGAAAUGGUCGUUUCCGGUUGGGGUCACACGGAAAAGAACGUCGCAUCGAAUGAGCUGCAGAAGGUAUCCGUGUCCGUGCAGCCUGCUGACGCUUGCAGCGUGCUUGGCAAGUUAGACGAUCGUGAUAUCUGCGGUGGGGAAGCCCACUGUAUCGGCGAUUCUGGUGGACCCUUGCAGUAUCUUACAAACUUCCGGUCCAGGGAUAUCAUGGUCCAGCAUGGAAUCGUUACGUUUGGUGGAAAAACUUGCGGGGAAGGACUACCUGGUUCUUAUCUUAAGGUUGCCUAUUACAUGGAUUGGAUUUUGGAACAUAUGGAAUUAUAAAUACUAGUUUGUUGUGUGGAAAAGAAUUAGAUUAAAAAACGGUAUUUAACUAUAA